GCCUGUCGAGCAGCUCGUGGUGCACGCGAACUCAUUAGUUUGACUCACAGUCCUAAAGUUUGCUUUAUUUAGUUGGCUUUCGAACGAAAGCUGCAAACUUUGAAGACCGUCUCUCUCACUUCGACAUCCAGUUGGAUCCGAUAAUUAAAAAAAAGCUAAGGGGAAAAAAAUCAAGCGUUCCGCGCAGCGCAUGUUUCCAGAGGCUGUAAGAGAAAAACAAACGCGUUCUUUUCCUGCUCGUUUGGACUCAACAGAAGGCUCGCUGUCGACCUAAUUUCGUUUCGGUAACGGAUCAGUUCAGUGAUUUAAUUAGACGGGUCCGAAGCCAGCCCGGACCGAUCUGUGAACCGUGGCGUCACUUCCAAUUCGAGUGUUAAAGAGAUUUCCUUCCUGAACGCACAUAAUGAACUCUGCGUCGGGCUGCUCUUACAGGCGACGCAGAACAUUGCUCUUAUUGAAGCGGACAAUCACCUAGGCCUAACUCGGGCCGUUCCGGCAUACGAAGAUAACGCAUUAUUUACUAAACCAGAACCUAAACGGUAGAGAUGAGAAGGAGACGAAGACCGAGAUCUCAAUGCAAAAGUCUAAAACGUUCUUUCUUUAUUUCUCUUUCUCUCAUUCGGAGAGCCUUUCACGCAGGGUUUGACAUAUUCUAGCUGUUAUCAGAUUGAUGGGCUGGUUUGAUUGAAGUGGCUUUGUCAUGCAAAUGUCAAGCGCGUGAUGGAUGGUCGCCGUGCGCUGACAAACUUCUGGAGGUCCCCUCACCAUUGGCGCCGUGACGUCUCACGUGACCAGCAGCUGAGGUAAAGAUGUGUUAUAGGGAAGCCCGAGCAAAUACUCCAGAGGUAAGCGUUUCCCCCCUUUCCGCAUGACAUACUGUUGCGAGCUUGCAGGACAGGAGGCUCUCCCGAUCUCUCAGGUUGACCCUCCGCCAUUAAUUGCGCAUGGACAAUUCCAGAAUGAACUCUUUUUUGGAGUACACAAUUUGUAACCGUGGGACGAACGCCUACUCGCCCAAGGCUGGAUACCACCACUUGGAUCAGGCGUUCUCGGGCCCCUUCCACACCGGACACGCAAGUGACAGCUAUAACGCUGAUGGACGACUUUACGUAGGGGGGAGCAACCAGCCAGCAGCAGCAGCAGCACAACAUCAGCACCAGAGCGGCGUCUACGCGCAUCACCAGCACCCAACUCAUCAGACUGGCAUUGGCCUUUCGUACGGUGGCACGGGGACUGCGAGUUAUGGGAGCCAGGCCUGCGCCAAUCCGGACUUCGCUCAACACCAGUAUUUCAUUAACCCCGAGCAGGAUGGGAUGUAUUAUCACUCAUCGGGCUUUUCAAACUCGAACGUCGGCCCUCACUAUGGCUCCAUGGCCGGUGCGUACUGCGGUGCGCAGGGAGCCGUUCCGGCAGCACCUUACCAGCAUCACGGAUGCGAAGGCCAGGAUCACCAGCGAGGCUACUCACAGGGCACCUACGCCGACUUAUCGGCCUCCCAAGAGGGGGAAAGGGACACGGAUCAGUCGCCACCUGGGAAGACAUUCGAUUGGAUGAAAGUCAAAAGGAACCCUCCUAAAACAGCUAAAGCGGCCGAUUACGGACUGGGACCACAAAACACCAUCCGGACGAAUUUCACAACCAAACAACUGACGGAGCUCGAGAAAGAGUUUCACUUCAGCAAGUAUCUGACGCGAGCGCGCCGGGUCGAAAUCGCCGCCACGCUCGAGCUGAACGAGACGCAGGUGAAGAUCUGGUUUCAGAACCGCCGAAUGAAGCAGAAGAAGCGAGAAAAGGAGGGACUGGCGCCCGCUUCGUCCACCUCGUCGAAAGACCUCGAGGAUCACUCUGACCACUCGACCUCAACCUCUCCAGGAGCUUCUCCGAGCCCUGACUCCUAACCGAGGACAUCGACUCCGGGGGCAGAGAACAGCAGAUUCGAAAUAUAUCGCAAAGUCUAUUAAUUUAAGCAUUCCACUGUGUGCCCGAAAGAUCUUCUCGUGUUUUGUGUAUGAUGGACAAAAUCGAACUUUAGGCUAAAAAGCGAAGAGCAAAGAGGCUUUUAGCACAACAAUGAACAUAGUCACACCGUCUCCUCGAACAAGCGUUCCGAUUUUUUUUUUUUUUUUUGGAAACGUUUGUGCGCGUUAUACAGGGUAUUUCUAAAUGAUAAAUAUAAUGCACUUUCAUAAUGUUUACACGUCUCUAAACGAACCUAACCGACUUUACAGGGAGCCUGUCGUGUUGUCAAAAUAUAUGUAUUGAUGUUUUUUUGUUGCGUUUAUGAAAUUGUACGCAUUUAAUAUUUGAGUUUUGAGGAUUGUAGCUAUAGGAGUUUGGACUCCUUGCACUAUGCGUUUGCGGAGUAGGCCUUUACUGAGCACCAGCACAAUUUAGUGGGAAAAUGCGAACGAUUCCUUCUCAGUGUGCAUUGUGAUGUUUCAUUUCAUUUUUCAAUUGAAAGCGAUUGAAUUCGAAUCUUGGGAAAGUUCCAUUCCGUUUGUAGAACAAAAAGGCAAUGCAGGGUGUUUAAAA